AUGAGUCCGAAGACGAAGGAAGUGCAUCGACAGCUUGUUAAGGCUCUUGUGCUCCAGGCUUGUCUACCACUUCUUGAUACUAUGGCUGUUUUAUGCUAUGCGGUAGAGCAAUUUGAGCUAUUACAUUCACCAAUCCUGGAGUUUUCUGUAUUUCAGAUAGCGGGCCUCGUCCCGGUAAUAUCUCCCUAUCUCUCGCUUUAUUUCGUGUCCCCAUACCGCAGGUUUAUCGUGAGCGCCAUGCAUCGACGAUUGAUCGGAAUGGAACAACAAUUGGAGCCGACCUCGGUGGUAAAAAUGGGCCCAAUCGGCCCCUCACAAAUCAAUCCGACGAUCAUAAUCGGCGAUGGGAGGGAAAUGAGCGAGAUUGCUAUG